UCAAAUUUAAUAUAAUUUCUAUGUAUACCUAGAGGUACAUGCAUAUUUUUUUUAUUUUUUAUUAAUCAUUUUAAUUGAAAUGAUCCUUGUUUCAUAUUCAUAAAUGAAGAGAGUGAGUGUCUUUGCAAGCAACUGGAUCAAUAAUCCAUACAUUCAAUUAUUGUGUAAAAGAAAUUUCAGUGAAGCACAUUCAUUCCAUAAUGGAAAACAGAAAGAAACUCAGCCUACCAAAGUCAGUUUUAGACAUGAAAUUUAUGAAGAAGACCAAAGAUAGGCUAGAGAAAGAGUUAGACAAUAUUGAAGGACAUCAUGAUUUAUAUGCUGAUGUGAUCACAGAUGAGAUGAGGCAGGCUUCUGGUAAUUUCAUUUCAGAAUCAAGUUUCAUUUAUUGUGCAGAUUUAAUUGAAGGCAGGUUAUCGUUUAAUGGUGUGAACCCUGAGAUUGAAAGACUUAUGGAGUUAGAUAAAGUAGAAGUGAACAAUGGUGAUAUGCAAAAAGAUGUUUCAGAUGAAGUUUUAGCGAAAAAAAUGGGACAAUUUCAAAGAAAGAGACGUUCUAGUCCGAGUAAAAGUGCUAAUGUUAAAAGGAAAAAAUAUUAAGGACCACAAUUAAAUAUAAAAUGUACUAGUAAUAGGUAAUUCUCUCACAUCAUAUGAUGCAAUAAGAAUACUUCUUAUUACACCUAUUUUAUUUAAAAAUAUACCUUCAUGUUAGGUAUGUACUUUAGGUAUUUACUUACUUUUAAAGAUAUAUGAAAAGUGUAGUCUUUGUUAUUAUAUGACCUAUGACAAUAUUAUGUAGAUUCUAGAAUCUCUAGAGUUAUCAUUGUUUCCUUGGCUAAUGAAUGAGAAGUUUAUGGACAUGUUUAUUAACAAAAUGUAAAAAAAUAUCCUAACCAUACUAAUAAGCAAGCUACAGAAAACAUUAAUUUAUUUUGACAUAUUGUGAAAAUAUAAAUUCUGAAUGAAAUAGAGAUGUUUGUCAACAUUAUACAUUUUAAUUUGAGUAUUGAUUAAAGUGUAAGUGUAAACACUUUAUAAAAGUUUGUUAUGAUAUUGUAUAAUAUCAAAUGUCUUGUACAUAAUGUGCAUUUUUUAAAUAAUGUUUGUAUAAACACCGAAUGUCUAUUAAAGUUAUGUAUAUUU